GGUGCGGGAAUGCAGCUGCGGAGAAGACGGAGCAGGCGGGGAGCUGGAGGAGGCGGCGGGGAUGAGAGAGGGCGUGGCGGUGUGCCGGCUGGCGUGGGAGGAGCCGCUGCCGCCCGGGGGCCUGCGGGCGGACGUGGUGGUGGCGUCGGACGUGCUGUACGACCCAGAGGUGGUGCCGGUGUUUGUGAGUCUACUGGGGCGGUUGCUGGGGAGGCGGGGAGGCGCCAGGGAAGCGGAGCAGGAGGGAGGCGGGAGUGCAGGAGAGGCUCAGGAGGCGUACGUGGCUUCGCUGCUGCGUAACCCGGCUACCAUGGAGCUGUUCUUGCGCACCGCGGCUGAGAGCGGGCUGAAGGUGGAAGCGAUGGAUGGCUGGAACGAUACCGUGCGCUUCCAUCAUGUCCCGGCUCUAGAUGAUCCGACUACGGCGGGUCGUAUCUUGUUGCACCGGAUAACCGCGCAAUAAGUGGAGAGUCAAGCAGGGAAAGCGGCUUGUAACGGUCAUGUACUCGUACCUCCUCAAGUACUCAUCAACCGAUGGCGAGCUGGGCACAAUUCUUAUAUGACCAGGUCUCAUCUGUUCGGGGUCAUCUUGCACGCAAAGUUCUGGACAGGCAACAUACAAAG